AUGUCGCGCAGCUUCCUCGUCGACUCGCUCAUCGGCAACAGCUCGCCGCCGAGCUACCCGCUGCCCUACUACGCCGCGGCCGGCGGCCAGCUGCCCAACUACAUGUUCAACUUCUUCAACCUCGGCAUCAACGCCUACCAGCAGCAGCAGCAGCAGCAGCAGCAGCAGCAGCAGCAGCAGCAGCAGCAGCUGGCCAGACCGCUGCCGAGGCAGGCCCCAGCCAGGUUGCCGCUGCCGCCGCCCGGGCCCGGACCGGCCUCGCCCCCACCUCCGCCACUAAACUGCCGCGUUCGCAUUGCAGAUACGUCGGUGCGCGGGCCCGAGUCGCCGACGCAGCACAGCGGCUCGCCGACGCCGCCGCCGCGCUCGCCCCAUGACUCCGCGCUGGUGGGCCUCGGCGCCAGCUCCAAGCGCAUCCGCACGGCCUUCACCAGCACCCAGCUGCUCGAGCUCGAGCGCGAGUUCGCGGCCAACAUGUACUUGUCGCGGCUGCGUCGCAUCGAGAUCGCCCAGAACCUGCAGCUGUCCGAGAAGCAGGUCAAGAUCUGGUUCCAGAACCGCAGGGUCAAGCACAAGAAGGAGGACAGCCCCGCCGGCGGCGCGGCGGCCAGCAAGUGCUGCUGCCUGCGGACCUGCGGCAAGAAGAGCAAGGCCUGCGCCGAGUCCAAGCCCGAGGACGAGCGGGACAGCGACCAGGACAGCCGGCCCGAGGCGCGCCAGGUCUGCGCCGACCAAGCGCACGACCUGUCCGCGGCGGCCUGCCUCAAGCGCAAGCCCGACGACGACUGGCGCCGGCAAACGAGCGAGCUCGACGACAAGUCCGCCAGGCCGGCGCCCCUCACCGCCAUCAGGAGGCUCACCUGCACCAAGUACACCGUCGAGCACAUCGUCAACUCCUGA